GCCCAGCCAUGGAGGGUGACUGCCUCAGCUGUAUGAAGUACCUGAUGUUCAUCUUCAACUUCCUCAUCUUUCUAGGAGGCUCAUUCAUGCUCAGUAUUGGUGUUUGGGUGCUGGUGGACCCGUUGGGCUUCAGAGAGAUCGUGGCGGCCAACCCCCUGCUGUUCACCGGGGUCUACUUCAUUUUGGCCAUUGGAGCAAUGCUGUUUCUGCUCGGCUUCCUGGGCUGCUGUGGGCCCAUCCGCGAGAACAAAUGUCUGCUACUUUUUUUCUUCAUAAUCAUUCUUUUAAUCUUCCUGGCUGAGCUGGCAGCUGCCAUCCUGGCUUUCUUCUUCAGGGAGCAUUUAACCAGAGAGUAUUUCACACGGGAGCUAAAACACCACUAUCAAGGUUAUAACACCACUGAAGUCUUCACCUCUACAUGGAACACCAUCAUGACCAUAUUUGACUGUUGUGGUGUCAGUGGCCCUGAGGACUUCGAUGUGGGUCUCUUCAGGCUCCUCAACCCCCACAAGAUGACCCCUGAUGCUUGUUGCCAGGGGAGCAGCUACCAAGGACACAUGGCGCAUGUCAGCAUGUUGCAGUGUGUCAGUGGAAACCCUGCCUUUCAGAACAACAAGGGUUGUUACUCUGCAAUGAUGGAUUACUUUGAGAUGUACAUUUACACAGCAGGAGUGCUCACCAUUGUGGUGCUGACAAUUGAGCUCUUCACCAUGGUGUUUGCACUGUGUUUAUUUCGAGGCAUCCAGUAGUGCACACAAGCUGAGGCACAUGCCAAGCACUGCAAGGGCACUGGCUAAAGGAAGACACAACUGUAAAAUAUGAUGUGUGUAUUUGUACAGUGAUUGUCUGUGUGUCUCAGUGAUAUUGUGAUGUCAUUUUGUAGUUGACAUCGGGUAGUGGCUCGGCUUUGGGCAUAGGAAGUAUUACGUGACUAUCUGCAGUUUUUACUGUAAACUCAACUAAAAACAAACUCAACUCCGGAAUACAAAGUGAACUGCAGAUAGGAUUCAACCCACUGAAGUGACAAACGUCCAGGAGGAUGUUCUGUGAAGGACAUUGGAGACAAACCCACACUUAUCGACCUCGGUUCAGCCUCGGUGGUGUUUUCAGCACAACACACUUCAGGCGUCGUGCAGCAACCUCGCACUUGUGAAAAUGAUAUUGAAAUGGCUGCUGUUGUAUGCCUUGUGGUGAGUGUGAUGCUUGUCAACUGAAGUUGUAGGUUACGUCAUGAUAAAUAUGAGAGAGGCUUGAGGGAUGUGUCAGGCAUGUCUUGUACUCUACUCUAAGAUGGUUUGUUAUUUGAAUGAAGCACAAUGAAACUGCUUCUAAUGUAAACUCUUUAUGUUUGAUAUUUCACACUUACUCAGGUCCAAGACAUGCUUCGUGAACAAUGAAGAAAUGUAUGUUUGAUAAUAAUUCAUUUGAUGAGUCCUGGCAGGGUAAAGUGCAGAAUAGGUUGUGUAUGGACAUUUGUAAAUCCAUAUGAAGUUUGUGUCCAAAUAUUCAGGUAUUAAAUGUUUUUUUGCUACAAUUCUGAUAAAACUGUAAAUUGUCCAGAUGAACUAGAUGGUGAAAUGUGUGUCAAUAUACAUGACCUCUGAAGGCCUGUGUAUCUUUGUGCAGGGUGUUAUAAAUACAGUACUGUAUUUUCAAAGGCCCUGUAAAAACAAAAAUCAAAACAAAAAAGUA